UAACGUGGUAGUUUUGUCGGCAGACGAAGGGAUAUUGUGGGCUUAUUUCCGUCUCCUCUGUUAAGCAAUUUUGCUGACAGAAGCUCUUUUUUUUCUGGUUAUUUUUUCUGCGUGUUACCGAGGUCUGCAGAGAGGGCAAAUUUUGGUUGGGCAGAAUGAAGGUUACAGUGAAAACUUUGAAGGGCAACCACUUCGAUAUUGAAGUGCAACCCACUGAUGCGGUUGUAGAUGUUAAAAGACAAAUAGAGCAACUGCAAGGGUCUUAUCCAACUGAUCAGCAGUUACUGAUAUAUCAAGGCAAGGUGCUGAAGGAUGACACCACCUUGGAGGAAAACAAAGUCACAGAGAAUACUUUCCUUGUUGUUAUGUUGUCUAAGACUAAAUCCUCGACACCUGGAGGGUCAUCUGCACAGCCGGCCCCAACAACUGUUCCUGCAGCACCAGCACCAGCACCAGCACCAGCACCAGCACCAGCGCCAUCACCAGCGCCAGCUCCAGCUCCAGCUCCAGCACUGGCACCAGCAGCUGCAACUCAGCUUCCAGCAUCGGCUCCUACAACCACUGCACUGAGUGCUGCCACUGGAGCAGCACAGACAGAUGCUGAUGCCUAUGGGCAAGCCGCUUCCAAUCUAGUUGCAGGAACUAACCUAGAACAAAUUAUCCAACAAAUCCUUGAUAUGGGAGGGGGUAGCUGGGAUAGAGAUACAGUUGUCCGUGCUUUAAGGGCAGCUUUUAACAACCCAGAACGUGCUGUAGAAUAUUUGUACUCAGGCAUUCCAGAGGUGGCAGAAGUGCCUCCUCCUGUAGCUCGCCUUCCAGGUUCAAAUUUACCAGCAGGUGGAGGUGCAAACGCUCCUGUUCCAGCACCUGCAGCUACCCCAGCUCAGCCAGCACCUCCCUCUGGAGGCCCCAAUGCAGCUCCAUUAGAUCUUUUCCCACAGGGUCUUCCAAAUUUUGGUGGUGCUGGGGCUGGGGCCGGAGCCGGAGCCGGAGCUGGAGCUGGGGCUCUGGACUUCUUACGUAACAAUCCACAGUUCCAGGCUCUCCGCACUAUGGUCCAGGCAAAUCCUCAAAUAUUGCAGCCAAUGCUUCAGGAGCUGAACAAGCAGAACCCUCAACUGAUGAGGCUUAUUCAAGAGCACCAAGCUGAUUUUCUUCGCUUGGUUAAUGAACCUGUUGAAGGUGCAGAAGGGGAUUUUCUAAACCAGCUUGCUGGAGCAAUGCCUCAGGCUAUCAAUGUUACCCCUGAGGAACGUGAAGCAAUUGAACGUCUUGAGGCCAUGGGUUUUGAUCGUGCCCUUGUUAUAGAGGCUUUCUUAGCCUGUGAUAAGAAUGAGCAACUUGCAGCAAAUUAUCUUUUGGAGCACGCUGGUGACUAUGAGGAUUAAGAGAAAUGUUCUAGUGGAACCGUGUAUUAAUAUAUCUCAUGAAGCAUUUGGUUUUAUCAUUGAAUUAUGCCAUCAAGAGGAGUUGCACUUGUUUUGUUGACUUUCAUUGCCAUAAGUGUAUACUCAGGAAACUUCUAGAAUGUUUUAAUUCCCUAGGAUUAUGCCUGUAGCCGUUCUGCUCUAAAUUGUAAUUUUGACACUUAUCCUGAAUUGAACAUCAGGGAUGGAUGCAUGUUUUUUCAUCAUUUUUUAUUUUGAUUAGUUUCUUGUUUGAAGACUCCUGCCUCUAAUGUCGAGAGCAAGCUGCAGGAGUUUACACACAUUUUUAAAGUGAAUUGUGUGCUAUCAGAAGGCAAUAAUUUAUUGGAGGUCCAUUUGAAA